UAUGCAAAAGGUAUACCAUUUAUACUUAUCAAUUUAGAACGAUUAUGGUUUUGGUGGUGAUGAAAAAGUUAAGAAAAUCGAUAAUGAACAUUAUGAUGAGGCUAUUGAAUUGAAAGAUGAAGAAGAUGAAGAAAUUGUUAGUGGUGAAGAAGAUGAAGAUUAAUGUAUUGUUUAUAUAUACUUAUUUAUUAGAUUAAGCUGGAGCUAGAGGAGCCCAAUAAGCUGCAUAAAGUGCUGGCUUUUAAGAUGGAAAAGUUCCCUUACCUGCAGGAGCUUAUAAUCCAAAUGAUUAUUCAAAUUUAUAAGUAGGUGCAGAAGUCAAAUAAUUGUUUGAAUACAUUGCUAGGUAUUUAAAUUUCUAUAAAUUUUAGAUACAAAGCUCCUUAAAUGGUUUUGGAUGCAAAAUUAAAACCAUUCAUACCUGAUUAUGUACCUGCCAUAGGUGAAGUUGAUGCAUUUAUUAAAAUGCCAAGACCUGAUGGUUAACCUGAGACACUUGGUUUAGUUACAUUAGUAAUAAUAUAUUUAAAUAAAUUUUAGGAUGAACCUGCUCUUAAUUAAUCUAAAAAAGCUAAAUUAGAUUUAUUGAUGAGAGAAUAUGUUAAGGUAGCCAAUAGAGGUAAAAAUACCACUAUUCAUGCUAUUGAAAAUGCAGAUAAAAAUCCAAAAGAAAUUACUGCAUGGAUAAAUGAUGUGGCAGAAAUACAUAAAAAAAAGUAACCCCCAUCAGUUUCUUAUUCCAAAAUUAUGCCUGAUAUUGAAGAAUUAAUGUAAGUGUGGCCACAAGAGAUUGAAGAUCUAUUUUAAAGUACUUAAUUGCCAGGUGAUAAUAUUGACAUGGGUUUAUAAGAAUAUUGCUAAUUCUCAUGCAAUUUAUUAGAUAUUCCUGUUCAUUCAAUUAAUAACAAUAGAAAUAUCAUAGAGUCUUUACAUGUCUUAUUCACAUUGUUUUCAGAAUUCAAAACCAAUUAACAUUUUAGAUAAAACAAUGAUGAAAUUUAAUGA